AUGGAGGGCUCAUCUAAGGUAUUUACUUUAAAACUAAUAUGGAGAUUGUUCAGUAAUGCUGGUGCACUUUGGGUUGCUUGGACAAGGCACUAUCUCAUUCGCCAGUCUUCCUUUUGGGAUAUAUCGGAGAAAACCACAAGAGGUUCUUGGAUGUGGAAAAAUAUACUAAAGUUCAGGCCACUAGCUGCUACAUUUCUCAAAACAAAGAUCAGAGAUGGUGCCUCUACUCGCUUUUGGUUUGAUAAAUGGCUAAGUAUUGCUCCAUUAAUUGAUCUGGCUGGCGAACUGGGAACAAGGAUACUAGGAAUUAACAGAAAUACAAAAGUCUCAGAUCAACUCCAUGUUCCAGUCGUUUCAACGGGGCAUGAUCUUGUGUUAUGGAACAAAUACGAGACUGUUUUGAAGGCAAAUUCGUCUCAAAAUGCACAUGGAAUCAAAUUUGAAUGCAGGAGCAGAUUGUUGAAUGACAUAAUUUAG